GCACGAUGUCAUUGACCCGAUGAGAGGUCGAAGAAGGGCGGAUCAGCGGAUGCUUCAAGCUUUCUCUGCUCGGUUAGGUUGCUGUCACUCGCUCUGAGGCCUCGACGCGCUGCUAGCUGAGAGCCGAAAGAAGGAAUCCUCGGCCGGCAGCAGGAGAGGAGAGCCACCGUUUGAUCAGCGACCGGGCAAAAGCAGGCCGCGGCCGGCCACCCCCGCCCGUCGCUGUCCCUCCGACCCCGCACCAGCGACUCGCCGAGCGCAGGCACAAGAGGGGGGGCUCCAUCCAUGAGGCAGCCAUGCUGGUGCUCAUCAACAGGUAUUUCAGGAGCAGGAACAGCAGCCCGGCCGGAGGAGGCGGCGAAGAGAUGGCGCCGGCGGCGGCUUCCAGCGACCACCUCUGCCUGCCGGGCUGCGUGCCCGUGCGCGCCAAGCGGGCCUCCGCCUCCGCCUCCGCCGCCGCAGCGGCCACGGUCACCACGGCGCGGGCGUCGCGGCACAACUUCGUCAGGGCCGCGGCGUCGGGCCUGCUGGCGGGGGCGCACUUCACCAACCACGAGUCGCUGCCGCCGCUUCCCGACGCGUACGCCGAGUUCGUCGCGGCGUUCCCGCAGUACGCCCACGGCGCGCUGGCGCGGGCGGACGCGAUCCGUGGCGAGGAGUACCAGCACCUGGACCGCCACGUCUGCCUGGACUACACCGGCAUCAACCUCUUCUCGCACGCGCAGAUGAGCGCCUCCCUGCCGUCCACCUCCUCCGCGCCGCCCGCCUGGCAGCCGCCCUUCUUCGACAUCGCGUACAAGUCCACGAGCCUGCGCGCGCAGGUGCAAUGCGGGGACAACGCCGCGGGCGCGGAGGCGGGCGUCGGCGCCGCCGUCACCCGGCGCAUCAUGGCGUCGCUCAAGAUCCCCGGGGACGAGUACGCCAUGGUGUGCACGGCCAACAGGACCGCGGCGUUCCGCCUCCUCGCCGAGUCCUACUCGUUCCAGCCAGGCAAGCAGCUGCUCCCCGUGUACGACUACGAGAGCGAGGCCGUGGGCGCCAUGGCCGACAGCGCGCGCCGCCGGGGCGCCGAGGUCGCCUCCGCGACCUUCGCCUGGCCGAGUAUGAGGAUCCACGGCGCCGACCUCCGCAAGAGGCUGGCCAGGGGCCGGCGCCGCGGCGGCGGGGGACGCGGCCUCUUCGUAUUCCCGCUCGCGUCCCGCAUGACGGGCGCCCGGUACCCGUACCUGUGGAUGAGCGCGGCGCACCAGCAGGGGUGGCACGUGGCGCUGGACGCCUGCGCGCUCGGCACCAAGGACCUCGACACCCUCGGCCUCUCCCUCAUCCGGCCCGACUUCAUCGUCUGCAACUUCUUCAAGGUGUUCGGCGAGAACCCGUCCGGCUUCGCGGGCCUCUUCGUCAAGAGGUCCAGCGGCCUCGCGGCGCUCGAGCGCUCCGUCAUCGCGCGCAGCAUCGGCAUCGUCAGCAUCGUGCCCGCCCGCCGCUGGUCGCUGCACGACGGCUACUCCACCGAGCUGGAGCACUCGCGGAGCUUCCCCAUGCUCGCCGCCGACCCGGCCCUGGACGACGCCGACGUCGAGACCACGAGCUCCUUCUCCGGCCCGCUCAGCUCCAUCGCCAUCACUCGCAGCAGGACCCUGCAGUCGGACGCGGCGGAGAACGGCGACGCCCACGCCCCCGAGAUCCGCGAGGUCGGCAGCACGGCAGAGAACGGCUUCUACUCGGAGGAACCCAGAGCAGAGGAAACAGAGCGGCUGGCCAAGGAGGAGCAAGACGGGGAGGGGAGAGAGAGCGUGAUGGAGGUGGAGUGCCGGGGCCUGGACCACGCGGACGCGCUGGGGCUCAUCGCCAUCGGCAACCGGCUGCGUUGCAUCAGCAACUGGCUGGUGGUGGCCCUGCAGAAACUGCGGCACCCGCACGCCGAUAACGGGCACCCGCUGGUGAGGCUGUACGGCCCGCGCGUCAAGUUCGACCGGGGCCCCUCGCUGGCGUUCAACGUGUUCGACUGGAAGGGCGAGCGGGUGUCGCCGCUGCUGGUGCAGAAGCUCGCCGACCGCCACAACAUCUCCCUCACCUGCGGUUUCCUGUGCAACAUCUGGUUCUCGGACAAGCACGAGGCCGAGAGGGCCGUCGUCCUGGAGCACAGGGUCGCCGGCGAUCCCGUCGCCGCGGGCAGCGCCGGAGGGAAGAGGAGGAAGGACGCCGGUGGUGGCGACGUGGGGAUCCUCGUGGUGAACGCGUCGCUGGGAUUCCUGAGCAACUUCGAGGACGCCUACAGGCUGUGGGCGUUCGUGGCCAAGUUCCUGGACGCCGACUUCGUGGAGAAGGAGAGGUGGAGGUACACCGCGCUGAACCAGAAGACGGUCGAGGUGUAGACGAAACGGAGAGCGCUGCAGUAGCUUCAGCUCAGCUUGGCAUAUUGGUACGGUUCAGUUCACUGUCUGUAAAGCACCAUUCUUUUAGGAUCAGCUCUGCCAUCCCCUCCAGCCAUUCUUUCAGUGUAAACUGUAAGGUGUAAAGUGUUUCCAUAAUGAUGAUAUCAUUUGAUA